UACGUUUUUUUUAAUUGUAAUUAUCUACAUUGGCCAUUUUUGUGGCUUUUUGUUACAUGUUCUGAAUGAAUAAAUAAAUAAAUGCUAUUUACUGUCUAAAAAAGAUAUCAAAACUAAUAACCAAAUGGGAGUUACCGUGCUACAACCAUAUCAAAUACCGGAAGGAAAAACUGGAGCUCAAGCCAUUGAUUUCUUGACAAAGCGUCUGCUCGCUUUGGGAGCUGUGCACACCGGUCAAUUUCUGGUGGAUUGUGAAACCUAUAUAUCUGUUUCACCCCAUGGCCCAACCAAAUCGGUGCAUGCUCUUCAUAAUUCCGAAUAUCCUGUCACCACAUUUUCCAUAUUGGACACUGGCACUGGUAAACAAAUUCCCCUUGUUGCAGAUAAUUUGUUUGACAUGCUGAUGCUGAAAAUGAUCAAUGUUUCUACGCACAAAAAGCAAACCAAAAUUGAAUCAAAAGGAGCCAGGUUUGAAUAUGGAGAUUUCCUAAUUAAACUUGGUUCGGUUACAAUGUCGGAAAAUUUCAAAGGUAUUCUCAUCGAAAUUGAAUAUAGACCCUGUGUUGUACUCUUCUAUUGUUGGGAAAUGAUAAGAGAAGUGUUGCAAAGUUUCCUUGGAGUUACAGUGCCCAAGGAGUACCCUUCAUAUUUUACACCGCAACAAGUAGUUAAUGCCAUGGGACAGCAGCAGUUGCAUGCAAAACAGAAUGACAUAUAUGAACCCAUUGAUACGAUAAAUCAAUAUUUGGAACAUUUUACCAAUUACCGCAAACAAAAUAUGCCCCAGGUUUCUCAAUCGUCGUCGACUAUGUCAAUGAACACUGGAAUGAGAGUGCCGUAAUUAGCAGAUUUAUGUUAUUAAAUAUUUAUAUUGUAGAUAGUCGAACAGAAAAAUAAAAUAUAUAUUUAUAUUUGCUUAAAAGUAAAUAA